UGCCGCCGCCCCGCGGUGCGGGUGAGAGGGCCGCGUUCGCCGCCGGCCGGACGGACGGGCGCUGAGGGCCGGAGCCGGAGCCGGAGCCGGAGCCGGAGCGGCCGUGGCCCUGGGUGCGAGCCGAGCCGCAGGAUGCUGACGCUGGCCAGCAAGCUGAAGCGGGACGAAGCGCUCAAGGGCUCCCGGGCGGCCGCCUCGGACUCCACCCGGCGAGUGUCGGUGCGGGACCGGCUGCUCGUGAAAGAGGUUGCGGAGCUGGAGGCGAACCUGCCUGCCACGUGUGAGGUGCACUUCCCCGACCCCAACAAGCUGCACUGCUUCCAGCUCACCGUGAGCCCAGAUGAAGGCUACUACCAGGGCGGCAGGUUCCGGUUCGAGACUGAGGUCCCGGACGCCUACAACAUGGUGCCGCCCAAGGUGAAGUGUCUGACCAGGAUCUGGCACCCCAACAUCACAGAGACGGGCGAGAUCUGCCUGAGCUUGCUGAGGGAACACUCGAUCGACGGCACCGGCUGGGCUCCCACAAGGACGUUAAAGGACGUCGUCUGGGGCCUGAACUCUCUGUUUACCGACCUCUUGAACUUUGACGACCCCCUGAACAUCGACGCGGCGGAGCAUCACCUGCGGGACAAGGAGGACUUCCGGAGCAAAGUGGAAGACUACAUCAAGCGCUACGCCAGAUGAUGGGCGGCCCAUGGGCCUGUCUCUGCCUCCCACCACAGAGCCCGGCCCCUCGCCCCCUUGCUCGCACCCAGGACCCGUCCGAAGAGGAGCCCCGUCCCGGAGAGAGCCCCGAGGCAGCACACGUCUGGGGCCCUUGUCCUCCGCUUCCCUUCACGUGUUCACUCUCUGAAGCCACGCCGUCUGGGCCGUGGAGGUUCUGAGGCUGCGUGAGCUCAGAGUCAAGGCCCGAGCUUGCUUCUCCCGCCCGCCAGAGCGUCCCCCAGCUGCGCGCCGGGUCCUCAGACCGGAAGGGCGGCCUGUGCCCACUGACCAGGUGCGGAGCCCUGCGGCCGGCCCCGUGCCCCGAUGCAGUCGUUCACUGUAGGACUCUUACUGAGAUGCGUUAUUUUAUUUAAUGUGAGUCUAUUUUGGAACAGAUCUGUAAUUUGUACAAUUUAAUUCUUUAAUUAUUUUUUUCUAUUCUCA